AUGGCAAGUGACGAAGAGUUGAGUAGCACAGACUGUGGAAAGCUUGACAUCGAGAAAGCUCAUCUUGGCCCUCCGGAUCGUUGGCUUUAUUGUCCACCGCUAGGCUCGAUUGUUGCAAAACAUUUUUUGCCCUUCAAAACUCCUCUUUGCAAACUGUAUGAUGAGCAGAUCGAAAAGAAGUUGCAGUUUCAUCCACGAGAUGUCUUCGCAUACAAAUUUCGAGGUGCCGAACCAGGUGCGAGGAUUGGAUUAUGGAUUGAUCUCACAAAAACCAAUCGUUAUUACAAUAAAAAAGAGGUCGAGAAACGGAACUGUAUUUAUAAAAAGAUCCCGAUGAAAGGUCAUGGAGAAGCACCGACUGUUGCCGAAACAGAGCAGUUUUGUCGGAUAGUACGCGGAUUUCUUCAGGCAAAUCCAAAAGACAUAGUGGCAGUACAUUGCACUCACGGAUUUAAUAGGACAGGUUUCUUGAUAGCAGCAUAUCUUGCAAGUGCUAUGGAUUGGGCAAUCGAUGCUGCCAUUUAUUCGUUUGCACAAAUGAGGCCAAAUGGCAUUUACAAGCAGUUUUAUUUGGAUGAGCUUAUGCAGAGAUAUGGUGAUGAAGAUGACAGAAUUGAGGCACCACCACGUCCUGCCUGGGAAAAUGGCCCAGUUGAUGGUGAUAGGAUUUCACUUGACGAUGUCGGUAGUGGUCAAGCUAUCUCAAGUAACACUGAUGAACUUAUUGACGAACCUAAAUUUAUGGAUGGAGCAGUACCUAGUGUCAAAUACGUAUCAGAUCCCAUAACGAGAACCAUUUUACAAAAUAAGAUUCGGAAUAUGUGUAACUAUAAAAGAGAUGGUUUUCCUGGCAGUCAACCAGUAUCUAUGGAAAGAGAUAAUUUACGUUUUUUGGCCGAGAGGAAGUAUAUGGUAUCUUGGAAAGCAGAUGGAAUCAGAUAUAUGGUGCUUAUUGACGAUAAUGAUUCAAUAUACGCAUUUGAUCGGAAUAAUAAUGUGUUUAAAAUAUCCUGUAUAACAUUUCCGCAUAAAAAAGAAUUUCGUCAUAUUCAAAAUACUCUUCUAGAUUGUGAAAUGAUAAUUGAAAAGGUAAAAGGAGAAUCUGGUGAUAUUAUCGAUGUACCAAGAUUGCUCAUCUACGACAUUAUUAAAUUUGAGGGACAAAAUGUGGGUGAAUGUGAUUUCACUACACGUCUGUCAUGUAUUCGUGAAGAUCUAAUUCAACCACGUCGUGAUGCCUUGAGAAGUGGUCGUAUCAAGAGAGAAAAUGAACCGAUAAGCAUACGUAAUAAGGAUUUUUGGGAAUUGGAAGCAGUUCCAAAACUAUUUGAUGAGAAAUUUACGAGAAAUGUUGGACAUGAAAUUGAUGGCUUAAUUUUUCAAUCAGUAAAUGAACCAUAUCGUUGCGGACGAUGUGAUACAUUGUUGAAAUGGAAGCCUCCAUCUCAUAAUUCAAUUGAUUUUCAAUUGAGGAUAAGGCGUAUAUCGAAACCUGGUGAAUUGCCAGAGCAUAUUGGCUUUCUUUUCGUACAAAAUCAGUCAGAACCAAUGGCGCAAAUGAAAGCUACAAAGAAAUUGUUGCCAUAUGAUAAUAAAAUUAUUGAAUGUACUUUUAAAGAUGGUAAAUGGGAAUUUAUGCGUGAACGUACAGAUAAAAGUUUGCCUAAUUCAAGCAAAACUGCAAAAGCUGUUUAUAACAGUAUUAUUCAUCCGAUUGAUAAGAACGCAUUAAUAGCAUUCGUCCAGAAAAUAUGUAUACAGAAAACGAAGAAGAGACCUGCUCCACAAUCAGCUAAUGAUGUUGUACAGAAAAUUGCUAGGACAUAA